AUGGCUGAGACAACCGCCCCUCUGACAGCGCCCCCACCGCACUCCCUAUGGCGACGCGAGAUCUGGGCCACGCUGCGCCUCUCGGCGCCGCUGGCGCUCACCCAGCUUGCGAUGAUCGGCAUCAACACCACCGACAUCGUCAUGAUGGGUUGGCUGGGGCCCGCGGAUCUGGCGGCCGGCGCCCUCGGCAUGAACAUCUUCAUCCCGCUCUAUCUGUUCGGCAUGGGCAUCGCCACCGUCGUCACCCCGAUGACGGCCCAGGCGCUGGGCGCGCGGGACUUCCACGGCGUGCGCCGGACGGUGCGCCAGGGCUUCUGGCUGACCCUGCUGUUUGCCGCCCUUUUCAGCCUGAUCAUCUGGAACGGGCGCUGGCUGCUGCUGCUCUUCGGCCAGGAGGCGGACACCGCGCUGCGGGCCGACGACUAUCUGAAGGCGGUGACCUGGGCGAUGCUGCCGUCGCUGUGGUUCGUCGUCCUGCGCUGCUUCGUCACGGCGCAUUCGCGCCCGCGCUCGGUCCUGAUCAUCACCCUGGCGGCGGUGGCCGCCAACGCGAUCGGCAACUAUGGCCUGAUGUUCGGCAACUUCGGCCUGCCCCGCUGGGAACUGAUGGGGGCCGGUGUGACCAGCUCCAUUGUGUCCUGGCUGAUGCUGCUGGCCAUGCUCGUUUUCGUGCUGCGGGACCGGCGCUUCAAACGCUAUGCGAUCCUCGUGCGUUUCUGGCGGCCGGACUGGCCGCGUUUUCGCGAGCUGUUUCGCAUCGGCCUGCCGAUCGGCCUCACGCUCCUGUCCGAAACCAGCCUGUUUGCGGGGGCGGCUUUCCUCGCCGGCCUGAUCAGCACGGAGGCCCUGGCCGCCCACGCCAUCGCGCUGCAGUGCGCUGCGGUGGCCUUUAUGGUGCCCCUGGGAAUCAGCCAGGCGUCCAUGGUCAGGGUCGGUCUGGCGGCGGGCUCCCGCGAUCCCGCGGCGGUCGGCCGUGCGGGCUGGUCGUCGCUGCUGGUCGGCAUGCUGUUCAUGACCGGUUCGGCUCUGGUGUUCUGGUUCGCCGGCCCCCAGCUGGUGGGCCUGUUUCUGGAUCGCGACCUGCCUGCCAACGCGCCGGUGGUGGAACUGGCGGUCGCCUUCCUGGUGAUCGCCGCCCUGUUCCAGCUCGUCGACGGGGCCCAGGUGAUCGCCAUUUCGGCCCUGCGCGGCCUCAAGGACACCAAGGUGCCGAUGUGGCUGGCCAUGACCGGCUACUGGGGCGUUGGCUUCACGACCUCCGUCGUCCUGGCCUUUCCCCUUGGCCUGGGCGGACAGGGGGUCUGGACCGGCCUUGCGGUGGGGCUGGCCUUUGUCGCGCUGACCGCUGUCUGGCGCCGCGCGGCCAAGACCCGCGCCCCUAAGAUUCGCAUCGACGUGGCCCUGGUCGAGCGCGGACUGGUGGAAAGCCGCGCCCGGGCGCAGGCGCUGGUGAUGGCCGGCAAGGUCUUUGCCGGCGAGCGCAAGGUCCAGAAAGCUGGCGAGGCGGUGGCGCCGGACCAGCCGCUGGAGGUGCGCGGCCAGGACCAUCCCUGGGUCAGCCGCGGCGGCCUGAAGCUGGCCCACGCCCUGGCGCAUUUCGAUCUCGAUCCGGCGGGCCUCGUCUGCCUGGACAUCGGCGCCUCCACCGGCGGCUUUACCGAUGUGCUGCUGCAGCACGGGGCGGCGCGGGUCUAUGCCGUGGAUGUUGGGCACGGCCAGCUGGCCUGGAAGCUGCGCAACGAUCCGCGCGUGGUCGUGCUGGAGCGUUGCAACGCCCGCACCUUGAGCGCGGCGGAGGUGCCGGAGCCGGUCGACCUGCUGGUCUGCGAUGCCAGCUUCAUCGGCCUGGAGGUCGUCCUCCCGGCGCCGCUGGCGCUCACCCGGGCCGAGGCGCGCCUCGCCGUGCUGAUCAAGCCGCAGUUCGAGGUCGGCAGGGACCGUGUCGGCAAGGGCGGCGUGGUGCGCGAUCCGGCGCUGCACGAAGAGGUCUGCCAGCGGAUCGAGGCCUGGAUGAACGCCCAGCCCGGCUGGCAGGUCGAGGGCAUCGUCGAAAGCCCGGUGACCGGCCCGGAGGGCAACAAGGAGUUCCUGAUGGUGGCCCGCAAGACGCCGACUUAA